GAAACUGUUUACUUCGUCGAGACUCCAGAAAAUGCAAGAAACUCUUACACUCCAUGGACCGGAACGUUCACUUCGACGUACUCAACUGAUGUGAGCACGAUUACUGGCUCUGAUGGAAAGGUCACCACUGAAACGGUCUACUACGUUGAGACUCCAGAAGUUGUAUCCACUUCUUUCACAGCGUGGACUGGUACCUUCACUUCGACCUACUCUACUGGUGUUAACACCAUUACUGGCUCGGAUGGUAAGGUGACCAUUGUAACAGUGUACUAUGUCGAAACCCCUAGAUCGGGAUACUAUAUGAACACAACCACUCAGAGAAGCCAGUCAAGAACUGAACUACCAACCAGUCGUGGAUCAGCAACACAAGAUACAUCAUACACUGGUACCAGCUCGGUUACCCCCAAGUCGUCAAGCUCCGUAGUUUCACAAGAAGCUCAACAAUCCAGCUUAACCUCCACGGAACCAGAAAGCACGAUCUCGCCCUCCAAAACGAAUAAUCCACAACAAGAGACGACAGGGACCGUGACCUCGAUAAACCCCUUUACUGCCACUACAGUUGUCACACUUAAGAGCAGUGGUUCUCAACCUCAGAGUGAAGCUCAAGCCACAGCUACCGGUGGUAACGGUUCCCCAGUGAGCGAACCUUCUGCUUAUACCCGAUCAAGUAGUCCUGCCUCUGCUGCCCAAGGACAAGCCACAAACACUGAGGGUCAAGCUACAAGCGGUCAAGGCCCAGCUUCAAGCGGUCAAAGCCCAGCUACUAGUGUUCAAGGCCCAGCUCCAAGCGGUCAGAGCCCAGCUCCAAGCGGUCAAAGCCCAGCUCCAAGCGGUCAAAGCCCAGCUCCAAGCGGUCAAAGCCCAGCUACCUAUACCCAGGGCCAAACGCAACCUACAGAUACCUCGCAGCCUGGAAAUUCUGCUGCUGGUUCUCCUGAUGGAAAGCCUAAGUCUGAUACUGAUCAGGCCACCAGAAUCCCAACCAAAACUACAUUAUCUGCUGGCAGUUCAGAGCGCUCUGGUACCAAUACAGCUCCAGCAGCUUCCGUGACCGAUUCCAAGGCACCUACCUCUGCUAUGGCAUCGGGCUCUGCAAGAGCAUCCGGUACCCAGGUAUCGGUUUCCACUUACGAAGGUUCUGCGACCAAGCUGCGGUUCGGAUUGAUGUUCCUCCUGCCCUUGGCCCUCAUUUGA